AAAACCAACUUCCCCCACUGAGAAAGGCUUCUCCCGAGUGGCGCCUCAGCUGGAGCAGGACGCACGGGCGCACGGCGGGAUGUCGACAUGUGCACCGUGCGUGUGGCUGCGUGCUCGUGUGUGUAUAAGAAAAUGAGGGGGGCGUGCGUUGCGUUGUGACAUCCAGUCCUCACAACAGGGAAGUCCCGCGGCCACAGCUGGAUCAGAAAGUCCGCCUGUGCCUCUGUGAGGCUGUUGCGAGGGACCCAUCAGUGAGAUGGUCAUGACGCCUUCACUGCCAGCGGUGGGACGGACUCUUUUCUGUCUCCUUCUGCUCUGGAAGAGGACAGCAGCUCAAAGAGGAGAGGUGCAAUGCUCUGUGGCUGGUCCGGCGGGGGCGGCGCACCCUGUCAGGGGUCUGCUGGAGACGUUCGAGGCCGGUCCGGGCUGCGCUGCGAGGGAACGCGGCAGCAAGGAGACUCAUGUCAUCGCAGUGGGCCGAGUGACGAGCAGCCCUGACAACAGGGUGACCGUGUUGCUGAAGCCUUUGUCACUGUCCCCUUCCCCUCUCAGAGCGCUCCACCUGCUGCUCAGCUCCACGCUCCCGGUCAGCUGGUGGCUGGAGGCCGAGAGACUGCCCCCCGACUUCCCAGUGCUGGUGCAGGUGUCCCCAAACUCCAGCGUUCAGUCCCGCGCGUUGCGCUUGCACGUCCACACGGUGCACCUGUUGCCGUUUCGUCCGCGCGCACUGCACCGCUGGGCUCUGAAGCACCAUGGCAACCUGUCCUCUCUGACGCACGCGACCCGCGGCAACCGAGUCUACAUCCGACAGGGAGAGGAUCCAGUGUUGCCUGCUGUGUGCCACCUUCAGUCCGUGUUCCUCUCUCCCAACUACUUGGCCUCUGACCUGCAGCCACAGGAGGUGCAGGGCUGUGUCCACACUGAAGCCGCCGGGAUCGGCCCCGAAGUCCAUGUGAUCAAGCUCCACUCAGCGGGAUCCGGGCUCUGUGGCUCUCUGCAGGUGGAGGUGACUGUCUCUCUCGUGCCGCCGGUGGCCGACGCCACGGCGCAGAAGGUUGUUCUGAUCCUCAGCAGUGCAGUGCCAGUCAACUGGGCCGUUGCUGCUCAUGGGGUCCGGGGUCAUAUCUCUGUUCAUUCCUCCAACAGUGUGUCCCCACCUUACCCUCCUGAGCCUGACCUGACCCUGUCCAGCACACUCGACUCCGACCUGUCCGCCGCACCUGACCUUCUUGUCUGGGCCAGUGAGAGCGGCCACACCAAGGUGACCUCUUACACCGAGGCUGACCUGGCCAAUCGCUUUGUGAUCCAGCUGGCCGGGGGCGGGACAGACGUGCUUGCAGUGACCAACCCUCUGGUGGUGAGGCCUCCCUGGGCCGAGGAGCGCAGGCUGAGGCAGUGGCUGAACGGUGGAGGACGGGGCCGCGAGAGUUUCACAGUGCAGUGUGAGGAUGGACGCCUCAGCGUGACCGUGGACCAGCACAUCCUGCAGACCUUGUCUGCACCAGUGGCCGCCGUGACUCUGCAGGACCCUGCGUGCCAGGCUCAAUCCAAUGGGAGUCAUUUCCUGUUGGUGUUCCCGGUCAUUUCCUGUGGGACUGAGGGGCUGCUCCUGGGACAGCCCAGAGGGGUUAGGUACAAGAACAUGAUGUUUUUAUGGAGAGACCAGCCUCAGACCGUCCUUGCCCUCAAUGAGACAGAGAGGAAAUCCAAAAGUCCCCUCGGCAUACAUUUUAGCUGUUUGGCUUCUGUCCCCAGCACCUCUGGCCCUACUGCAGACAAUGUUGAUGAGGAAAACACUCCUCAGGCUGGUCUCGUCCCCUGGGCACCGGGCUACCCGGGCCCCGACCCAGGAGUGAGCGACCUGCCGACACCCAGACACAGGUCUGGGCCUAUGCUUAUUUUGAGACUUUUCGUCACGGAGAAUUACGAACUGAGGCGAAUUGGCCCCUGCGUCAUCACUGCAGGCCACCGUGUCUAUGUUGAGAUUUCAGCCAAGGGGCCCCUCCCAGAUGCCGUGGAGCUGAAGUCGUGCGUGGUCUCUCCUCUGUCAGACCCCAAAAAAUCUCCUUUCUGGACUGUCAUAAGCGAGGGCUGUUCCUCCGACCCCUCACUGACCCUCAGUGCAGGGGCAAAGGAUGAUGAGGAGGAAGAGGCUGCAGGUGAUGGUGAACGGGAAGAGAUGGAGAGUUCUGAGAGAGGCGCAGUUCAUCACGGCGAUGUCUCGCUCCGACACAUAGAUGACGGAAGAAGGAGAGAAGCACCUGUAAGGGAGGACCAGAGAAGCACAAGCACGGCAGCAGAGGAGGAGAUGCAGCCCUUGAGAUUUAGUUUCAUCCUGCGGCCAGUUCAUAAUGACUCUGUGCAGUUUCUCCACUGCAGCCUUCACAUGUGUGUCUCUGACGCUGCCAGAGAGGAACCCGAGAAGGAACUAGUACAGAAUGACUGUCAGGGCGGACUGCGAAUCCCACCACUCGUAUCCAAGUCACCAAAACAUCAGUGCGAGAUCAGAAACCUGUCCCGGCCCAUGGUGGUCACUCAGUCGAUCAGUUCACUGGCACCCAAGCUGCUGGUGCCCCCUGCUGACCAGAGAACCAAGAGGCUGAGUGUCUCUCCACUGGCCAGUCCAGACCCUCAGCACAGCAGUUAUGUUUUGCAGACAGGACCAGUGAUGGGAAUUGUCUUUGCAGCCUUUGUGAUGGGUGUGAGCCUGAUGGGUGGGCUGUGGUGCAUCUACAAUUGUACAGCGGCGAGUCCGACCUUACUUGGAGGAGAAGGUCAUUUAACGGACCAGACUGACGGAGGCCACAACACCUGUAAUCCCCCUGUACUGUCUGAUCAGUCCUCCAGCUCGGUGUAGAGGUAAGAUUUGAUGAGGACGAAGACUAUUUGAGGAGGGAUUCCCCAAAUGUGUUGUACGUCCUUUUUAAAACAUGCAAUGUCGCCAAUGAAUUCAUUGCUCUGCAAUAAGAGCAAAUUAUACUGUAUGUGCGUGCUUUAGGAUUCUCUGAAGUGCCAUGUCUGUUCUAGGUGACCGGUGAGGUCGAGGUGACCCUUGUGAUUUAGCUCUGGUGUUUUUGAUCGAGUCUCGUAUAUGUUUAACUGUGUAUAUGGAGCAUUUUAUCUUCCUGGAAGAUGGCAACAACAUGGUCGUACACCGAAAACUGAUCAACCGCAACAAGUUAAAAAAACAACAACAUUAAAACAGGUGACUGGUUUUAAUGUUAUGACUUAUGACUAAUGAUGCACGGGGCUGCAAGGCCUUUUUAUACAUUAGGAGGGGUUAUAUCAUUACAUCUGCUUAAGGUUUAAGGCAAGGUCACAGAUGUUUUUGUCAAACUUGUAAAGACUAAUUCUUCUGCUAUACCGUCUUUCAUUUUAAACAAUUUCUGCUUGCAUAAGAUAAGAUAAGAUGCUUUAUUAGUUCCGCUGUGGGGAAAUUUGCCGUGUUGCAGCAGCAAGGGGGAUAGUCAAAAUAGAAACAUCAGUGAGAAAGUUAUAAAUAGGUAAACAUGCAUCAUAAACACAAGGGAUUAUAAAAAAAAAUACAAUUAAUGUGGGCAAUGUAAACAUAAUAUUUACAGCGUAAACGGAGUAUAUACAGUGUAACAGGAUGGAACAUGAGGCAUUUAAAUUACACAAUUAAAUCAUUAUAUAAACAGAUCUGAACAGUUUUUGUGAAAGAUGCUCUUCUGGAUUAUUUCAUUGAAUCGGCGGGACAUUUUACUGACAUUUGAUUCCUGUGGAUAUAUUGUGUCUGUGUUUAUACGUCUGACUUGUGUGUAUGUUAUGAUAUUGUCACUUUAAAGUAUUUUUAUGUACUAUGUGUUGUAUUCCUCUUCUUUUUUGGGGGGGGGCAUCUGUAUGUAUUUUGAUAUUUUGUUUCCGAAUCAGUUUGUCUGCCUUAAUAGAAUAAAAUGCCAACAUUAUGUUGAAUCCUACUGCAUGGGCAAAUGCAUGUUAA